AGGGUGGGAUGGAGCCUGGCUGGACCCACGUGUUCCGCUUUAGUGCGGGUCUGGCCGCCAGGGGUAGUUGGCGGUGGCUGGGUCUGAGACUAUUGUACCGAGUUCGAACCUGAGACAAGGCGCUUCCCGCCUGGGACCCGACACUCCCCGAGGGUGUCCCCGAAGUUGGGCGGUGGGGCCUGGAGUACAAGGAAAAGUAGCCUCGACUUUCCCCUGGUCUUGGGUUCCCCGUAAUACGCAAGGAAAUACACUUGGGAGUCUCUCAGGUCGCCGAGGGCGAUGGGGUACAGAGCCCGCCCCGGUUCGCGGUCUCCGGUCCCCAGGCAGGGGCUGUCCCGGGCCGGCGGGGCCGAAGCUGCCGCGCGGGGACGCUCGCGCGGCGCGGCUUCGACCGGGGUUGCCCUGCCGCCCCGCCCCGGUGUGAUAACUUGGGCUCCUCCUCCUUGUUCUCCUCCCCCUGCGGGUCGUGUCUCCCGGAACGGAGCGCCAGCCCUGCCUCCCGGACACACGACGCUCACGUAGUCCGGUGGCAGGAGCUUCCCCUGCCACCUCCCUCCAGGCUCUCCGAUGCAGCGAGCCAGCUGGAGAGGGGGCUUCCCCACGGCCCAAAAGGGUUCUAGCCUAUUCGUCUAACCCCAUGAUGGCUGUGGACAUAGAGUACAGAUACAGCUGCAUGGCCCCUUCCCUGCGCCGAGAGAGGUUCACCUUCAAGACCUCACCGAAGCCCAGCGAGCCACUGAGGCCGUGCAUUCAGCUAAGCAGCAGGAAUGAAGCCGGAGGGAUGGUGGCCCCCACGGUCCAGGAGAAGAAGGUGAAAAAGCGGGUGUCCUUCGCAGACAACCAAGGGCUGGCCCUGACAAUGGUCAAAGUGUUCUCAGAAUUCGAUGACCCAUUAGAUAUUCCCUUUAACAUCACCGAGCUCCUAGACAACAUUGUGAGCUUGACGACAGCAGAGAGCGAGAGCUUUGUUCUGGAUUUCACCCAGCCUUCCGCUGAUUACUUAGACUUCAGAAACCGGCUUCAGACCGACCACGUAUGCCUUGAAAACUGUGUCCUAAAGGACAAAGCCAUCGCAGGCACAGUGAAGGUGCAGAACCUGGCGUUUGAGAAGAUGGUGAAAAUAAGAAUGACAUUCGACACCUGGAAAAGCUUCACAGACUUUCCCUGUCAGUAUGUGAAGGACACUUACGCCGGCUCGGACAGGGACACCUUCUCCUUUGACAUCAGCUUGCCUGAGAAAAUUCAGUCUUACGAGAGGAUGGAGUUUGCCGUGUGCUUUGAGUGCAGUGGACAGACCUACUGGGACAGCAACAAAGGCAAAAACUAUAGGAUCAUCCGAGCCGAGCUGAAAUCCACGCAGGGUGCCACCGAGCCACAAAACGGACCCGAUUUUGGAAUAUCCUUUGACCACUUUGGGAGCCCUCGGUGUUCCUACGGUCUGUUUCCGGAGUGGCCAAGUUAUUUAGGAUACGAAAAGCUAGGGCCCUACUAUUAGCCACUGCGUGUGCCGGAGCAUGGCGGAGCAGGUGCAGAGGAGCCUCGCUGCGGUCACGGGCGGGUGGAGACGGAAGCCAGGAGAAACGCGGAACUGCCAUUAGGCACAGUCUCUGAAAAGAAGGGAUCCUGUUCACUUUUCUUCUUAUGCCAGCUCAGCCAGCCAGAUUUAGGUGCCAGGACUGGUUUCCUGCUCGGAGUACCAGUGGGGUGCUGGUCGGCUCGGCUUCCAGGGUGGCCACGAGAGUCGGAGCAGGGUGGCAGGGCCGGCCUGGGCCUGGGCAGGAACCAGGCCCGUGGGUACUGCCGGCGACACUAGGGGAUGGUGGCUUCAGAACGAGGCCACCAGGGGUGCGCCCCAGCUGCCUGGAGGAACCGCCCCUGCCCCCUGGGAUGUGGACAGUCACCUGG